AUGUCUCCCAUUGCUACAUCAACUGUUGAUAUCGUGGAUAUCCGCGGUACCAACCUCCAGAACUCGUUAUCUCAGGACAUCUAUCAUGGUCUUCAGGCUACAGAGAAAAGCCUCCCUACUUUACUACUUUACGACACGAAGGGAUUACGGCUGUUCGAAGACAUCACAUACUUGGACGAAUACUACUUGACGAACGCGGAAAUCAAAGUCCUAGAAGCAAACGCUGCCAAAAUUGCAGCGCUUGUCCCUGAGAAUUGCCAAUUAGUUGAGUUGGGGAGCGGGAAUUUACGAAAGAUCGAGAUCUUGUUGAAUGAGCUUGAGCGCGCUAGAAAGUCGGUUGAAUAUUACGCCCUUGACUUGUCCCUGGAAGAGCUUCACCGGACUUUUGCGGAACUGCCGUCGAAGAGCUAUCGAUAUGUUAAAUGUCGUGGGUUCUGGGGCACGUAUGAUGAUGGUCUCAACUGGCUCAACAACCCCUCCAACAGAAGUAAACCAACUUGGGUUAUGUCUUUAGGUUCAUCAAUGGGCAACUUUAACCCUGUUGAAGCCGCGGGCUUUCUUCGUGGGUUUGCAAGGAGUCUGGGACCGGCGGAUUCGAUGGUAAUUGCCUUCGAUCCUUGUAAGGAUCCAGAGCGGGUGUUCAGGGCUUACAACGACGGAAAAGGCGUCACAAGGCAAUUCUACCUUAACGGAUUGUCUAACGCAAACACUAUUCUCGGCUUUGAAGCCUUCAAGCUAGGGGAAUGGGAAGCAAUAGGGGAGUUUGACCAAACUCUAGGGUGCCACAAAGCCUAUUACGUCCCACUAACGGAUACCGUCAUCAACGAUAUACAUAUUAAGAAGGGCGAGAAGAUAUUCUUUGAACAGGCAUUCAAGUAUGGAGCAGAUGAUUGCGAAAAGCUUUGGCGUGAUGCUGGCUUGCAACCAACUCGAAAAUUCGGGGAUGAUUAUAAUAUCCAUAUCCUAUCUUCAACCGCCACCAACAUGAACCCAUACCAGCUACCUACGAAGAGGACGGAGUACGUGAAAGAUGCGGUUCCAACGCUGGGAGAUUUUGAGGCAGUCUGGAAACUAUGGGACACUGUUACCACUUCUAUGGUACCACACAGUGACCUACUCUCCAGGCCAAUCCGCCUCAGGAACUCCUUGAUAUUUUAUCUAGGACAUAUCCCGGCAUUCCUGGAUAGGCACCUCUCCCGGGCAACUGGCGGGGUACCUACUGAACCGGCGGAGUUCCAUUCCAUGUUCGAGCGUGGUAUUGACCCUGAUGUUGAUAACCCUGACCAUUGCCACGACCAUAGCGCUAUACCAGAUGAAUGGCCGGCGGUUGAAACUUUGGUAGAAUACCAACGCCAGGUCAGGAUUAGGGCGAAAUCGGUAUACCAUAACGGGCAGAUUGACGACAGGAAAGUUGCCGAGGCUCUAUGGAUUAGCUUUGAACACGAAACCAUGCACUUAGAGACAUUCCUCUACAUGCUUUUGCAGGGCAACAGUACUUUGCCCCCUCCUCUCGUCGCUAGGCCUGAUUUCAAGCAACUGGCGUCCGACUCGGCUGAGAAAGCGGUCCCCAAUGAAUGGUUCAAGAUUCCCGAGCAAACUGUAGAGAUUGGUCUCGACGAGCCAGGAUCCGAUGAGAUUCCUAGUACUUCCUUUGGUUGGGAUAACGAAAAACCACGACGAACUGCCCAUGUACCCAGCUUCGUGGCCAAGGCUAGGCCAGUAACCAAUGGGGAAUACGCGAAAUACCUGGAAGAGAAUGAUACUGAACAGCCUCCUGCAUCAUGGGUGGAAAGUUCUCCUGAAAAUGGUUCAAACGACACAGUGACAAAGUAUGCUGUCCGCACUGUGUUUGGUCCAGUACCACUAGAAUGGGCAAUGGAUUGGCCUGUCGCUGCAUCAUAUGACGAACUACACCGAUAUGCAAAGUGGAUGAAAUGUAGGAUUCCUACUUUUGAGGAGACUAGGAGUUUGUACAAGUACUCACUUUCCUCCCCAACGGGGAACAGUGAGGUGUCUAAUGGGCUCAUGGAAUCUAUGAAUGGGUCGGAUAAACGAGAUCAUAUCUCUAGCCAUCAGCCAGUGCAAACACCAUCCAGUGUACACAAGUCAGUGUAUGUUGACCUCGAUGACUGUAACGUCGGAUUUAACCACUGGCAUCCAACUUCCGUCACGCAGAAUGGGGACAAGCUCAGCGGGCAGGGAAAUUUUGGCGGAGUAUGGGAAUGGACGAGCUCUACUUUAGAGACUCAUGAUGGGUUCAAGGCGAUGGACCUUUACCCUGCGUAUACCGCGGACUUCUUUGAUGGCAAGCAUAACAUCGUUCUUGGAGGGUCGUGGGCAACCCAUCCCAGGCUUGCAGGGCGGUCAACUUUUGUUAACUGGUACCAGCGGAACUACCCAUACGUCUGGGCUGGCGCUCGUCUUGUCCGAGAUGAUUGA